UUGGCUGUUUCUUAGUUCUGUGCGCGCUGUACGGUGGAAUAGUCUAUUUCUCGUCUUUACGCGCAUCUGGACGCGACUCUCCCCGCGUCAAACCCGAUCAUGAGGUCUCCGGGGGUCUUCAUCGGUCUACGGAGCUGCUGGGUCACCGACGGGAUCCGGUAAUACGAACACCCCGCUCCAUCCCACCCCACGCCCACGCGGACAGAAUCUGGGUUUUGCGCACUUGGCGCUGCUGCUGCAUUCACUCUGCCGCGCGCGUACCGGUUCCGCGAUGGUUCUGUGUCGCCUGCGCGUCUGAUGAGUCCGCCAGCACCGGCAGCAGCAUGUCCUCGCGGAAGAUCUCCUCCGAAUCUUUCAGCUCCAUGGGCUCGGACUACCUGGAGAGCCCCGGAGAGGACGCAGAGUGCCCGUUCUCGCGCGUCUUCUGGAACGGCAGGAGCCCCGUGGAGACGCUCUCGUGUCCGUUCGAGGACGCGGCCGUCAGCAGGAGGAUCGCCCGGCGUAAACGCGUCAAUCUGGACUCGCUCGGGGAGAGUUUGAGACGCCUCACCUCACCGACGACCCAGACAAUUCAGCUGGCCCUGCAGAGAACAGUGGAGUUUUACAGACAGAGGGACAUAAGUGGACAAGAGUUUGUAGGAAGCUUGUCAGACGAGCAGAAGUGUUUGUUUGAGAACUCUCGCUGUGACAGCCAGACUGACAUCUCAGGAAUACUGAAAUACACAGCAACUAUUUUAGGCGUGGACUUUUCCGACAUCCGUGGCCGAUUUGGGGAGGAAUUCUUCGGUUUGUGUCUGGAGGAGAACGAGAGGGUUCUGCGAGCUCUCGGAGGAAACCUGCAGGACUUCUUCAACGGUUUCGACGCACUUCUAGAACACAUCAGAACGUCCUGCGGCCGCCGCGCGUCGUCCGAGGCUCCUUCUUUCCUAUGCAAAGACGCUCCUCAGGAGAGCGAAGAGACGAACGCGGAGAGCGACGUGGGACGGACUCUCCUCCUCCACUGCUUCAACCCUGAUCCUACUGUGGGCGUGGCCAUGCCGGGCUUAAUCCGGGCCGCCGCCCGUCGCAUCUACCAAUCGGACGUUUCGGUGGAGGAAGCUCCUCCCACAUGGCUGCACACGGCCAAUGAGGACGGCGAACUCUCGACAGACUCCUCCCCCUCUUCAUCCCCAUCUCCGCCCUCGUCUUCAUCUCCUGCCUGCUUGUCCUUCCUCAUUCGAGAGGUUCGGACUCAACCCGCAUCCUCGUCGUCGCACACCGCCGCCGCAUCUCGCCAGCUGUCGCGCUCGCCGCUGGAUUUGCGCAUCGGUCUAAGCACGUUUUGCCGGGCCUUUCCCUUUCACCUGGUUCUGGGACCCAACAUGGAGGUCCUGCAGGUCGGGGAGGGGCUUCGGAAACAGGCCAAGAGCGACCCACACCGGACACUCACCUUCAGCAACAGCUUUGAGCUGGUUUCUCCCAGAAUCCCCUGCUCCUUCCAGAACAUUCUGCUCCGGCUGUCCACGCCGUUCACCAUUCGUACACGACCUGACGGGUCGGCACUCGACAGCAGAGAGAAGGUGAUGGAGCUCAAAGGUCAGAUGCUUCACCUCCCAGAAUCCCACUCCAUCAUGUUCCUGGGCUCGCCGCGUGUCGAUAGGCUGGAGGAGCUCAUGGGGCGGGGCUUACAUCUGUCUGACAUCCCUAUUCAUGACGCCACACGUGAUGUCAUUCUGGUUGGAGAACAGGCCAAAGCUCAGGAUGGGCUGAAGAAACGCAUGGAUAAACUCAAAGCCACCCUGGAGAAAACCCACCAGGCUUUAGAGGAGGAGAAGCACAGAACCGUCGACCUGCUCUACUCCAUCUUUCCCGGCGAUGUGGCUCAGAGACUCUGGCAGGGCCUUCCGGUUCAGGCAAAGAAGUUUGAUGACGUUACCAUGCUGUUCUCUGACAUCGUGGGCUUCACAGCCGUGUGUGCGCAGUGCACGCCAAUGCAGGUCAUCAGCAUGCUGAACGAGCUCUACACGCGCUUCGACUACCAGUGCGGCAUCCUGGACGUCUAUAAGAUUGAGACUAUCGGCGAUGCGUACUGCGUGGCAGGCGGGCUCCACAGGAAGAUUGACAGCCACGCUAAGCCAAUCGCGCUCAUGGCGCUGAAGAUGAUGGAGCUGUCGGAGGAAGUGCUGACGCCUGACGGGAAGCCAAUCAAACUGAGGAUCGGGAUCCACUCGGGCUCAGUGCUGGCUGGAGUCGUCGGUGUGAAGAUGCCGCGCUACUGUCUGUUUGGAAACAACGUCACGCUGGCCAGCAAGUUUGAGUCGGGCAGUCACCCACGCUGCAUCAACGUCAGCCCUACUACAUACCAACUCCUGCGUGACGAGCGCACGUUCACCUUCAUCCCUCGCUCCCGGCAGGAGCUUCCCGACAACUUCCCCAAAGAGAUCCCAGGAAUCUGCUAUUUCCUGGAGGCGGGUAAAACCCAGAGCCACGCCCCUCUCACCAGCACUCGCUCCGCCCCCAUCCGGAAAGUGUCCUAUAACAUUGGGACCAUGUUUCUACGGGAGACUAGCCUCUGAGACGGCCCCACCCAUUCGCUGUGACAUCACGUCCUGUAGACUAGUGUUGCCUGUGGCAACUGGUGGCCCCGCCUCUCGACCGGAGCGUCCCCCCAGAGGCAUGACACGGAGAGGGCAGGGAGGACGGCCUUUAAAGGAGCCAUGGAUAAUUGUGUUCUGAAAAAACAAUAAAAACAAUUAUAUAUAUGUAUAGAUAUAUAUUUCAAAUAAAGCCUUCUGCUCAACGGCAUAGCCAAACUUUCAUGGUGUACACAUGCAAAUACUACAGACAAACUCAUGUAAACACACAUUUCUUGCUGCAUUGCAGGUAAUAGAUUUAACAUGCAUAACUUUGGUGCCUUUACCUCCCAUACACAUACAUGAACACACACACACACACACACCACAAACAUGCUCUGCCAUUUUAAAUGCCGCCAUUAACCACUUCCAUCCUUUAUGUGGGAAAUGUGUGUGUGUGAAUCCUCUAUUAACCAUUGUUAGAUCCCUUGUGUUUGUGUGUGUGUGUGUUCUACCAUUAACCGCUGUAAGAUUGUGUGUAUGUGUGUUUGGCCUCCAGUUUGUGUGUGAAUUUGUGUAAAGACUGAGGCUGUUUUCACGCUUCUCACAUCUGCGGCAUGUUUUUAUUUUGGCUCCCAUAUUCGUAGCACAAAAGAAACUGCAAGAAAGUUAACACCAUUAACUUAAAGGAAUAAUUGACCCAAAAAUUACAAUUUGCUGAUAAUUCAUUCACCCUCAGGCAAUCUAAGAUGUAAAUGAGUUUGUUUCUUCAUCAGAUUUGGAGA